CCACGGUCAACAGGAGUCCUCACCCUGGGAUUAUUCUGCAAUCCCCAUGGCUCCAGCUCCCAGCUUCCGUGGACACCUGUGGACUUACAACCCUGUCCGAGGGUCCUGCCUUCUGCUGCUGCUGGUCAUGUCAAAUCUGCUCCUGUGCCAAGGCAACCCAUGCCCCUCCUGCGGUCCUGACUUGUUCGCCAUCUCCUUGAAAUCUCUUACAGACUUGUUUAUCGAUGCCACCUGGCUGUCCCACGAGUUCCAUAACGUUUCCGCAGUAAUGUUCAAGGAGUUUAAUGAAAAAUAUGCCCAGGGCAAACUGUACCAUAUCAAUGCGACCAACAGCUGCCACACGAAUUCCUUCCAUUCUCCCGAAGAUAGAUAUAAAGCCCACCAGCUGAAUAAUGAAGACCUUAGUAAGUGGACACUCGUGUUACUGUACUCCUGGAAUAAUCCUCUGUAUCAUCUGGUCAUGGAGCUGCCAAGUAUGAGAGAAUUGUCAGAGACUUUCCUAUCAAGCGCCAGGAAGAUGGAGACCAUGUCAGACAAACUUCAAGCAUUCAUAGAAAGUCAUUUCAGGAAGAUUAUUGCUGCAGUCCUGCAGACUAUGCACGAUGCUGACAGUAGCUGGUCAAGACUCCCAUCCCUGACGUCCAGCGAAGAAGAUAGGCGUCAUUCUGAAUUGUAUAACCUGUUCCACUGCCUGCGCAGGGAUGCAGGUAAAGUUGACAUGUACAUCAAGAUCCUGGCGUGCCGAACCCGCGGAACGUGCUAAAUCCACAGACAUCCCAUCCAGCUUUGAGGUGGUCAUAAUGAUCUAUCCCAUAGCAAGCUUCUUUGAAAUUUACAGCUUUUUAAUGCAUGCUCUGUCAUGGGUCUCCUCCUAAAAAAUAAACACAGACUCUUUAGAGUGUCAAAACCUAA